AUGCCUCCGAGCGGGAAAAACUUCGCGAACGACAGGGUGACAGUGAAUACUUACUUGUAUCGCCUGGCUCGUCUCACCCCGGAGGAAAAGGCCGCGAUCAUGCAAGACAGAGACGAGUUCAUCCGCACCUGCACAUACGAGGGCGUCGAUUGCACCAGCUAUUUCUUGCCGUACGUGAACACGACUUACGGAACCUGCUAUUCCUUCAACCUGAUUCUGAACAACGACUCCGAUCCGCUCGCCGGAUCCAGGAAAACCGUCUUCACCGCAAACCCUAUGGUACGAAGCUCUAUUUUGUCCCUCUGCUCCUCUUCCAUACUCAAUAAGGGGUUGGAGUUGGAGCUGUACCUGAACGCGAGCGAGUGGCCGUCCAGCGUGCUGUCGUCGGAGGGCGGCGUCCGCGUCGUCAUCCACCGACCCGACAGCCUCCCUUCCCCCGAGGAGACCGGAUUCGAUGCCCGGGCCGGCUCUGCCACGAACGUCGCGCUCAGACAGGUGAAAGUCUCUAGGCUGGCAUACCCCUAUGAGCACGAUUGCUACAGUUCCUGGGAAAAGUGCGGGUUCUACCCGAGUAACUCCAACAUCAUCUCCUACGACGUUCAGAUGUGCAGGCGGAUGUGUCUGCAGGCGACGAUGGUGAGGCGAGGCCGCUGCAAGUUCCCCUACGUCCAGGACUACUUCACCUUCUCGAACGGGACGCGGGGGAGAGGUCAAGUCUGCAACCUCAAAACCUACAGUCUGCAUCUCGCUUGUCUCUAUGAUUGUGCAGAUCUGAGGGAGACGCUCGAUCUCGUUCCCCCUUUUUUACGUAUCUCAUGCUAUUCGAUGACGAUUCCCUCCCGAUCCCUUGCAGAUAGCUCGGACAAUCUGUGCGUGAUGGAAACGCUGCACGACUUCGCGAACGGGAACAUCACUUGCCCCUGCAACGCCGAAUGCACGUGA